GUUUCUCACAGAUGACGUGUUUACCAACUUCAAGGUGUUGCUGUCGUAAAGUUGUCCAAACGCUUUCCGGCAGCCGCGUGCACGUGUGUACUGUUGAGCUCUUCACACAUUUAUUACACCACACAGUUGCCAUGGCAAAGAGUCUGCGCAGUAAGUGGAAGAGGAAGAUGAGAGCGGAGAAGAGGAAGAAGAACGCUCCAAAGGAGCUGGCUCGGCUGAAAGCGGCUCUGGGUCAGGAGGGGAAAGGAGACCUCAGCAUGAAGGACGUGUGUGAGACGGCCACCGUGGUUCCUGCUCAUAAACUGACGACCAGAGCGCAGGACGUGGAGAUGAGCGGAGAGAACACAGAAGAACAGAGUGAGACAGGGAAGAUGGAGACAGACAGCAAGAGGAAGAAGGGGACACUGCUGAAUGAACAUGGACAGUAUCCUGUUUGGAUGAGUCAGAGAAAGGCCAAGAAACUCAAACACCAGCGAAAGGCCAAGAAAACGGGCCAGAAGAAGAAGAAGGGUCUGGCCUGGUAGCUACACACAGCUGUGUGUUUUAAUGUACAGUUUAUGGACUGAUUAGAGUGUGUAUGUGUGCUGAUGCAGAGCGCUGUGAGUGAAGUGGAAAAUGUGGAAAGAGGAGGAAUGAAAAUGAAACUGCCAAAUCCUCUGUGUGUGUGUGCGUGUGUGUGUGUGUGUGUGUGUGUGUUUCGCUGUAAAUCAGUUUUCAUUGAUUAAACAUCAUUCUCCGUCUCA